AUGCUUCGUUCCUUGCUUUUUCUUGCAGGCCUUGCCGCAGUUGUGCGCGCAGACGACAGGCCCAAAUAUGUCCCUGGGCGGUACAUUGUUCAACUGAAACCGGGAUCGGAUUCGGGAGCUAUUGAUGCCCAUCAUGAGGCUGUUAGGAGGAUUGCGCGCCGCGACAGGGACGCUCCCAGGCAUCAAGACAAUGUCUUUGAGAAACGCGACCCUCAGUGCAAGGUCGUUACGGUAACUGCGACCGUCACUGAGAACGCACCUGCCGCUGCCUCUUCCACUGCCGAUGCUUACACUCCCGGAGCGGACCUCGACAACUUCGUCAAGCGUACUUUUACUGUUGGCCACGGGAACUUCCACGCUUACGUGGGUAACUUUGACCAAGAAGUCAUCAAGGAGAUUGAGAAGCUUCCUAAUGUCGUGUGCGUGGAACCGGAUGAAUACGUGUACCUCGGGGACGACUGGCACAUCGGCGGAAGCAAUCCUUACCCCGUCGCUGGAGGCUCCGCUUCGAACUCUGCUGGGCAUGCGCAGUCUACUUCCACAAGCGGAAGUGGGUCUGGAUACGGAACUGGCUCGGGAUAUCAGAGUGACUCGGCGUACGGAACUGGAUCUAUCAGCGCUCCUGGUUCUUCGCGUCCCACGGGCUACCCUCAGGCGUCUGGCAAAUACCCUACCGGUAACAACACUGAUUCUGCCUAUCCCACCGUCAGUGCCAGUGCUGUUGCUGUCUCGAUUCCCCUUUCUUCCGGUACUGCAACUCCCAGCCAGCCAACAACCAACGGCACCACACCAAGCAACUCCUCCUCUUUGACCACUCAACAGAACAGCCUCUGGAGCUUGGCCGAUCUUUCGCACAAAAAUGGCGCCGACAACAGCACUGGAUACACCUACGUCUAUGACUCCAGCGCAGGUGCCGGAACAACCGCCUAUGUUUUCGACACCGGAAUUCGGUCCACCCACGAAGAGUUCGAAGGCCGUGUCCGCUUCGGCAUCAACGCCCUCACCAACUCCACCACAAGCGCUGCCGAUGGAAACAACGACGGCACCGGCCACGGCACCCACGUCGCCGGUACCCUCGGUGGAAAGACUUACGGCGUUGCCAAGAAGGUCGACCUCGUCGACGUCAAGAUCUUCGACACUGGCAGCGCCACCAUGUCUUCCAUCCUCGCUGGUCUCGAUUGGGCGUUCAAGGACGUCCAGAUCCAGGGCACUGUCAACACGGCCGUCUUCAGCAUGAGCUUCGGUGCGCGCACUUCUUCCACUACGCUCGAUGCCGCUAUCAAGGCUCUCUACGAUUUUGGUAUCCUUACUGUUGUUGCUGCCGGUAAUGAGAACAAGGAGAUUGGCAACACCUCCCCCGCCCGUCUCGCUGAGUCCUUCACCGUCGGCUACACCAACCAACAGCGCCAGCGCGUCGACAGCUCCUCCGGCGUGCAGGGCAGCAACUACGGGCCUGAACUCGACGUCUGGGCUCCCGGGUACGAGAUCGUGAGCGCAGACUACCUCAGCGACACCGGCAGCCGCGUGGAGAGCGGUACCAGCAUGGCUACGCCGCUUGUUUCAGGCUUGGUGUGCUACCUCAGGGCGCUUGAGAGUGGCCUGGGCAGCCCGAAGGCGGUUACGGACCGCAUUCUCGCUCUGGCGGAGAAUGGCGUUGUGGGUGAUGUGAAAGAUAGCAAGAAUGUGCUUGUGUAUAACGGGAGUGGGCAGUAA